GCUAAUGGCAGAAGGGAAAAGCCUGGAAGGAAUAUAGAGAUCAAUCAGGAGAUGUGAGGAUGUGAAAUAGGGAGAGACAAGAAAAAAGAGAGAUGGAAUGAAAGAGAGGGAGAGGAGGAGACAGAGCGGCGUCUACACCCAAUGAGAGGGUAAGAGGAAUAGAGCGUUGGGAAGCGACUCGGUGAGAGUACAGGAAAUACAGGGAAAGUGACAGAGGGCUUUGAUUGACGUGCCCAUCAUGAUAAGAGCAAAGGAGAACCUGGUCAAAUAUCUGAUCCACUAACAUCUUCUGAUUUAUCUUGGAGCUGAGCGGAUCACACUACGAGGGGGUUAAUUUGCUUUCCUGAACUUCAAACAUGUUUGUGUUUAACAAAAUGAUGUAAAGCGGUGCGAUCAAUCUGUAAAUGUUCUUUUGGGGAUUGUAGACGCUCUGUUACCGGCUGCUUGGAUUGCGCUCUGAAACUUGACUCUGAUUUUUCCAAAACCUCCGCUUCAGUCAUGGACCACUGACAUUGAGUGGUUUGGCUGAAUAAGCUUCCCACAGAGGUGAUUAAUGAACUAUGAUACCGUGAGCAGUUACAUUUGAACUCCUACAACAAUGUGGGAAACUAGAUGAGACCAGGCUGCUCUUGAGAAUAUGUUCUCCAGGAAUCGCUUCAAUGGACAGCAUGGAGCAGGUGUUGCCCCAAAAGAAGGCACAAAGGCAAAAAUCCAUUCACCCAAAAAGAGGGCUCCGAACCCCAAGGUAGCACUAGUUAUCAGGGGUAAAAUACAUCGUCUCUUGCAAGGUUCUGCCGACCAUCAUGUCCCAGAUUCCCACCUUUACUAUGGAGGUAUUGAGGAGGAAGAGGGGGAAACACAGGAGAGCAGAAAGGAGCACGGAAGCAGAUAUCCAAAGGUUGGCCCGAGGGCUCAAGCUUAUUCUCCAAAAUUGUCAAAUGGUAAAGGACAUGGAGUAGCAGUGGGCCUACCAUGUGUUGGAGAGGUGGAGCUUAAUAGGGAAGGAUGUUUAAGAAUACCUUGCACUUUGCAGCAAAAAAGCAGCAGAUCUCCAGGAAAUCGGAAACGAAUCUCCUUUGAGGGUGAAAUUCGAGCAGCUCCUGAGCAAAUGCAAACAUGUCCACCCUACUGUCCGAUAGAACCAGAUAUGAAUGGAACUAAAUUAGCAGGGGCAGCCAGAAUGGAAUUUACUUCACCCCGUAUUCGGCCAAAGAGACCUUUUUCUACUGGUGACUGUGUGGACUACAACUUCAACAGAGCUCUGCCAGGCGCACUGCUGGAAGAGGACGAAGAUAAAGAGGAGGAGUCAAGUGCUAUCAUUGAGCACAUUCUUAAAGAGCUAAGGGGGAUCAACAAGAUACAAGAGGAAAUCUCUGACCUCAGGGAUUAUCUGACCUCAGUUCGAGGGUCAGUUGAGGAAGUGUCAUCUUGUGUAGAUGCUGUCUUGAUGGAGAUUGAGGGUAUUCGUUCUAACAAGGCUGGUUCAGGGGUUCAUUCAGGUACUUGGUCGGGGGUGGGGUGCAAAGAUGGACCAUCCACCCGAAGAAGGCCUGCCAGUGCUUAUGGAAGUUUAGGGAGUGCAAUGCCAAAGUCUGCUUCAAAUCAAUUCCCCCAGAUCGGCAAUGAGCGCCAUAGCAUCCAUGGAGAAUUGCUGUUAUCAAGGCCUGAAGAGUCUAGUGUGUCACCAAUUGCUGAAUCAGUGGAUCAACAGGAUCUGGAAGAACCAGAAGAUACCUCUGACCAUAGCUCCGAUAUCCCAGUAGGUGCCAUAGCAAGAAAGCUCAGCUUUGGCUACGUUGAAAGGCAGGAUGGUCAUGAUUGUCAAAGUACCAGCUCCUUGUCUUCUGGUCAUAGUGAGUCAGACCUAGAGAGACCAUCCUCUAGUCAUGGUACGAAACAGCAAAGAGCAGAUGACAGCGAGGAACAUUGGCCUAACAAGGGACCACCAUAUGGUGCCUCUGGGGAAUCCGUGUGGCAUAGGGAAACUGCUUACCGCAGAGACAGAUGUCGAGAGGACCAUGAAGGUGAGAGCCCUCUUUGCUGUGAAGGAGCUGGUAGCUGGGAUCACUACAGAGGUGCAGAACAUCUCUCUCUUCGAUCUGGUAAACAUUACAACUCACCAGCUAGUACUUCUAGCAGGGAUGAGUGGCGGUCACGGAGGAGAAGGCCUCAAACCAUUUCUGCCAUUACUGUUCCAACAGAAACAGACCUUGUAAAGCCCACUGCGGGAUAUGAAUGUCCUGCUGAUUGUUCCUACCAUCAAAGUUCUGGUUAUCAUUCAGUUGAUGGACAUGAUGGAGAAGGAGAGGAGUUUAACUAUGGGCAAUUAAAUGACCCGAACUAUACGACAGACAGUCAUGUAGAUAGUUAUGAGGAAACGUAUUCAGCAUACGAAGAUUCUUCAGUAGUGACAUGGACUGAGGCAUCCUUAUGUACCACUGUGGCUGAUGUGGAUAGGGAUUUUAUUCAAGAAACUGGAGCCAACAAUCAAAGCUUAGAACACCAAGUGUCUCACUCUGGCAGUGCAGAUGUUCAAGCUGGUGGUUUCAAUGUCAAGCGCAUAAGCCGAGCUGUGCUGGAUUUUAGCUCUGCCUUGCGGGGAGCAUUGCGCAAAGUUGAAGUACCUGGAGCCCAGAAUGAUGGAGAGGAAGUAGACUUUGAAAUAUCUACGACUACUGACCUGCCUACAGCUGACCUGUCUUUAAAACCUUUAGUCUAUGAGGCACAAUUUGAACAAACAUGCAACAAAACCUUGAAAGGUGAUUUGGUUAAUAGUUGUGCUGUAGGGGAAUUGAGCAAAUACAACACUCUAGACAAAUCAGAUAUAUUCUCUGUGGAGCCAAUGAUGGAAAAAGCCAAGAACAGCCUUACAGACACCUGUCAACACCCUUCUUUUUCGGACAAGAUCCCUCCAUUCCCAGAUGAACUUUCAGUCUGCCCUGACCCAUAUUCCAGUAGCACCUCAAUACUGCCUCCACCUCAUGGCCUUAUAAAACAACCUGCUGAAGGUCCUGCAGAUCAGACCCUUAAAACCCAGCUUUCGCAAUGCACCACUACAGAAUCUCUCUCGAUCUCUUUUUCGGCUGAUGAACCAGCAACACUAGAGGAACAGGGCGAAUUUGAAGUGCCACUGCCACAGCAUCCAGCCAAAGACAAUGUAGCCCCAGAAGGCAAAGCAGAAGGUGAUGCAGCAGAUGUGGAGAUAAGCCAGAUGGAUGAGCGCAGGCUGAAGUGCAUGAGGACCUUCCAGCAGAUUCUCCGGGAAAAGAGGGAGACCCGACGCAGCCUUGCCAGUAUGACUAUGACCUUCUCUCAGGAGGAGUACGAACCAGAUGGAAGUCAAGAAGGAGAUCAGAGCCGAGAUCAAGAUGGUGACCCCAACAAGCACGCAUGGGCCAAGCCAGGGGGAAACACACCGUUUGGCAUUGACAGCAUGCCAGACCUCCGCAAGAGGAGGCCCAUUCCCCUUGUUAGUGAACUGGCUAUGUCUAUGAUACAAUCCAGGAAAGCUGGACUCGCCCACACGCUGGCCACACGGACGUCCUUGAAAGACGAAGAGCUUAAAAACCAUGUGUACAAGAAGACCCUGCAGUCUUUGAUCUACCCCAUCUCCUGCACCACUCCACACAAUUUUGAGGUCUGGACGGCUACUACACCCACCUACUGCUACGAGUGUGAGGGUCUGCUGUGGGGCAUCGCCCGGCAGGGUAUGCGCUGUGCAGAGUGCGGGGUCAAAGUGCAUGAGAAGUGCCAAGAGCUGCUGAACGCCGACUGUCUGCAGAGGGCGGCCGAGAAGAGCUCCAAGACCGGGGCGGAGGACCGGACGCAGCACAUCAUCAUGGCCAUGAAGGACAGGAUGAAGAUCCGCGAGAGGAACAAACCGGAGAUCUUCGAUGAGAUCCGAAGCGUGUUCAAUAUCUCCAAAACGAUCCACGUCCAGCACAUGAAGAGCAUCAAGCAGAGCGUCCUGGACGGCACCUCCAAGUGGUCGGCCAAGAUCACCAUCAACAUCGUCAGUGCGCAGGGUCUCCAGGCCAAGGACAGAACAGGCUCCAGCGACCCGUACGUCACCAUCCAAGUUGGAAAGACCAAGAAGAGAACAAAGACCAUCUACGGCAACCUGAACCCGGUCUGGGAGGAAAAAUACAGCUUCGAGUGCCACAACUCAUCAGACCGUGUCAAGCUGCGAGUUUGGGACGAAGACGAUGACAUCAAGUCACGAGUAAAGCAGCGCCUGAAGAGAGAGUCUGACGACUUCUUGGGCCAGAGCAUCAUCGAGGUCCGAACUCUGAGCGGAGAGAUGGACGUCUGGUACAACUUGGAAAAGCGAACAGACAAGUCGGCGGUGUCUGGUGCUAUUCGCCUUCAGAUCAGUGUGGAGAUCGAGGGAGAGGAGAAGGUGGCACCCUAUCACGUACAGUACACGUGCCUUCAUGAGAACAUGUUCCACUUCUCCACGGACAUAGAGGGGGGCGGCGUCGUGAAGAUCCCAGCGGCUCACGGAGACGAUGCGUGGAAGGUUUACUUUGAUGAGUUACAGCAGGAAAUUGUGGACGAGUUCGCCAUGCGCUAUGGCAUCGAGUCCAUAUACCAGGCCAUGACCCAUUUCUCUUGCCUGUCCUCUAAGUACAUGCUGUCAGGGGUUCCGGCAGUGAUGAGCACACUACUGGCCAACAUAAACGCCUUCUACGCCCACCCAACCGCCUCCACCAACGUCUCCGCUCCGGCCAGGUUUGCAGCCUCCAACUUCGGGAGAGAUCGUUUUGUGAAGCUCCUGGAUCAGCUGCACAACUCCCUGCGUAUCGACCUCUCCAUGUACAGAAACAACUUCCCAGCCAGCAGCAAGCCUCGCCUGCAUGACCUCAAGUCAACAGUGGAUCUCCUCACCAGCAUCACCUUCUUCAGGAUGAAGGUCUUGGAGCUGCCGAGUCCUCCGAGGGCCGCCAACGUUGUCCGGGACUGUGUGAAGGCCUGCCUGAACUCCACCUACGAGUACAUUUUCAACAACUGUCAGGAGCUCUUCAACCGCCAGUUCCAGCCCGCCGUCCCACCUCCUAAGCCUGAGAAGGAAAAGAAGAUGAAGAAGAAAAAGAAGAAGGAAAAGGUGGAAGGUGAGGAGGGGGAAAACAAUGAAGAGGGAGAGGAUGAAGAGGAGGAGGAGGAAGAAGAAGAGGAGGAAGAGGAGGAGGAGGAGAAGAAAGAGGAGAACCAGCAGGAGGAGCAGGGUCCGAGCAUUCAGAAUCUGGAAUUUUGGCCAAAACUCAUCACGCUCAUCGUCUCCAUCAUCGAGGAGGACAAGAACUCCUACACAACCAUCAUCAACCAGUUUCCUCAGGAACUGGACGUGGGUAAAGUCAGCGCUGAGGUCAUCUGGAGGCUGUUCUCUCAGGACAUGAAAUAUGCCCUGGAGGAACACGAGAAGCAUAGACUAUGUAAGACUGCUGACUACAUGAACCUACACUUCAAGGUCAAGUGGCUUUACAACGAGUAUGUUAAGGACCUGCCCGCCUUCACAGACACUGUGCCUGAGUACCCUGCGUGGUUCCUCCAGUUUGUCCUGGCCUGGCUGGCUGAGAACGAGGAGGUGUCGAUGGAGUUCAUGCACGGGGCGCUGGAGAGAGACAAGAGAGAAGGGUUCCAGCAGACGUCCGAGCAUGCUCUGUUCUCCUGCUCCGUGGUGGACAUCUUCACUCAGCUCAACCAGAGCUUUGAGAUCAUCAAGAAGCUGGACUGCCCUGACCCCGCUGUGGUGGCUCAUUACAACCGGCGCUUCGCCAAGACGAUCACCAAAGUGCUGCUGCAGUACUGUGUCGUGCUGGCCAAGAGCUUUCCCUCCUACUGUGAGAAGGAAAAGAUACCCUGUGUGCUGAUGAACAACAUCCAGCAGAUGAGGGUCCUGUUGGAGAAGAUGUUCGAGUCGAUGGGAGCAAAACAGUCAAAGGAGGAGGUGAACAAGACUGAAGCCACAGCUGCGACAAAGAAGCUGGAUACCGAGGCAGCCGACAUCCUGAAUGACCUGCAGGUGAAGCUAAACACCUUCCUGGACAACUUCAGCAUGGGAUUUGCCAAGAGUUUCCAGGCUCGUAUUAACGGCUGCAUGCGUCAGAUGGCUGAGCUCCUCUACCAGAUCAAAGGCCCCCCCAACCACAACACUGCAGAGGCAGACGCUGACAAUAUGCUGAGGCCCCUCAUGGAGUUCCUGGAUGGGAAUCUCAGUAUCUUUGCUGACGUCUGUGAGAAGACAGUGUUGAAGAGGAUCCUGAAGGAUCUGUGGAAGAUCGUCCUGAGCAGCCUGGAGAAGACCAUCGUCCUGCCGCAGAGCAACGACAGUCUGGGUGCCCAGCUCCUCACAGCAGCUAAAGGACUGUCCAGUCUCAAGGGAGGGGGUGAAGCCAAAAGCUUGACGCCCAAACAGUGUAUAAUCAUGGACGCAGGGCUGGAGACCAUCAAGCAAUACUUCCACGCAGGAGGAAACGGGCUGAAGAAGGCGUUUGUGGAGAAAAGUCCUGAACUAGCUUCACUGCGUUACGCCCUCUCCCUCUACUCCCAGAGCACCGACGCUCUCAUCAAGACCUUUGUCACCACACAGCACUCCCAAGUGCAUUAUGGGAUGGGCAUCAGGAUCACUGGAAAUGAGAAGAUCCGACCUGAUAGGGGCUCGGGGAUAGAGAAGCCCAUUGGAGAGGCCAUACUGCAGAUCGACAUGAUGCUCGGAAAAGAACGCAAAAUCAUUGUCAAAGUCAUCGCAGUGAAUGACAUGAAGUGGCAGACAUCAGGGAUGUUCCGGCCUUUCGUGGACGUCUCCAUGGUCGGUCCCUUCCUGGCCGACAAGAAGCGCAAAUUCACCACAAAGUCCAAGAACAACAGCUGGUCGGCGAAGUUCAACGAGGCUUUCCAGUUUGUCCUGGGUAAGGAGUCCCCGGACUGCUAUGAGCUCCAGGUGACGGUGAAGGACUACUGUUUCGGCCGGGCGGACCGGGUGGUGGGCAUGGCCGUGAUCCAGCUCCGGGACAUCGCUGACCGCAAGAGCUGCGUCUGCUGGUGUCCGAUCGGCCCGCGCGUCCAAACUGACGAAACGGGCCUGACGGUGAUGCGCAUCUUGUCCCAGCGGGCUGCGGACGAAGUGGCCAAAGAGUUCGUCAAGCUGAAAUCUGAAACUCGUCCUGUGGAGGAGGGCAGAUGAGCGGAGAUGCUGACUGAAGAACAAAGAAAUUGUGAAAAUGUGAAACUGACAUGGAGCAUGGUCAGGGUGUAGAGUCAGGGCUAUGUGGUUCUGUAUGUUGUUUAUGAGCACUUUUCAUAUAUCAUCCUCAGCAAACACAGACCAUUAGAGCCUCUGACAUGGAGGAGAUCCUCAAAAGACAGAAGUAAGUCGACAAUUUGUCAUAGCUAUGGUGACAAGGAAAUGUAUUUAAUUCAAAGGGCACAUUUUGGGAAAGAGAUGCUUUCUCACAAUGUUGAAAAAGAAGAACACAAUCAGCACCAAUCUUCUAAUCCUGAUGAAGGACUAUUUUGUAUGCCUGUAGCAAACUAAACCCAUCAUCUGUUGGUGAUCCGAGAUGCUUAUCCAUAGUCUUUACCAAACAAAGUACAUUGUCUCCGUCUAUCUGACUCUAUCUGAGUGGACUUAGACAACAAAAACUCUACUCUGGCAUUUUAGCCCAGACCUGCCUACCAUUUAUUUUUGAUAGGUUGUUAUGCCCUGAAGACGAAUGCAUAUCAGCUCAUAUUAAGCUUUAUGUCAAGAUUCACAUAAUCUUACAUAACAACAAAAUGCCCUGGAAACGCAAUUACCAGUAACUAUGGUUACUAGAUGGAGACUUGAGGAGCCACUGGCUGAGUUUCUCUGAGCAGCAAUAGCCUUAAAGGGUUUGAAAAGUCCAGGGCUAUGUCCAAGGCGGCCCUCUUGCAUUGUUUCUUAUCCAUUUUGGCCUGUUAUGCAGAUGUGCUGUUUUACUGAGUCCAAAGGGGGAAGGUAAACAUAUGUGAUUGGGUCAGCCCAGUGUCAAUUGGAUAAAAAACAAACGAUGGGCCGCCUUACCUGUUUUAUGGGGCCGGUCAGGGAGAAAAAAAAAGAAAAGAUGGUUGUGUUGGCCAAAAUAGCAAGGCGACCAGCAGGAAAAUGUUCGCUAUUCCACAUGGCCAGUCAACCCCUGCCUAAAACUGCAUGGACCUGAGUCGUUACUUCUGAGAGCUCAUAAGGACUAAUGUUUAACGUUCAUAAAUCAUUUAUGACAUGAGAGGAAAGUGAGUUGGAGGAAGUAAUCCCAGAUUGUGGUAUUGGUGACUCCUGACAGUCGGACACUGCUUAAUCUGGUAGCCACUGUUUUCCCCCAAAAAAGUGAAAUUGAAUGAACAAAUGUCUGUGCUUAGCGUGAGCUCAACAAUAGAGCCAAAUAAAACACAAAACAGGAUCGUGUUUUACUCGAUUUUGAUGAUAAAAUCAACUUUCACACACAUUGAAUGCAUCACGAGUCCUCAUCACAUCCUCUUAUCCAGGCAAAUUGGCACUUGUAGCAACACAUUUACGUUACAGAAAUAAAGAUAUUCAGGAUACGUCAAUCCAGAGAGUGCAUGUUAUUAAAUUGCAGCGUUUCUGGAGAGUUGAUGCGAAGCUUCGCUAGAAAAUACCCUCAGACAGUCAUAUUUUUCAUGUAGUUGAACCAGGAAGAAGUCUGUCAAGAUGCAUGUGAAAUAUUUUACCAGAAGGAAAAUCGAAAAACUGAAAUACUGAGAUGAAAUCAUUUGAAAUACAUAGCCUUAAAAAAUGAAAUCCUGCAAACUAUCGUAGCUAGCUCAGUGUACAUCGUGCUCAGACUUUAGUGACGGUGUGUAGGAUUUGAAUUGAGUGUUGCAGAUUGCAACCAACUAAAUACCCUUUGGCUCAGCCCACUUUUGAACCAAACAUGAAUGGAUACAACAUUGACUUGUGAAGUUAAAAAACUAGAUUUUCUAUGAAAGCGAAGAACUAUAGUAGAGUUGUUUAAAAUAUUUGACAGACCUCUGUGGCCAGCUGAACAUACAGUAGUUCAGCUGAGAAGAAAUGCAGUCAUAAGUUUUGAAUUGAGCUCUUCUCUGUUUUUGCCAUGUGUCAAACUGUGACUUUAGACUCUGUUUACCUGCAACCUGCUCUUAUUGUAAAAAACUAACAAAACUUGACCUGAUUUCAGGGGUUAGAUAAUGUGAACACAUGUUAUGGAGGGACAGAAAUGGACCUCUAAGAAUGUAAUAUUAGUCUGUAUUUGCCAUUUUGAAUUGGAUGAGAACUCACAGUAAGUCGUACAGCCUUGCCAUGCAUGCACAUACUUUACCAAUCAUAUGUUUGUGGAUAUUUGAUUGGUGUUAUUGCAUUAAACACACUACAAACUUAGAUCUGGAUGGAAAAAACAUGCAGGCAGGUUGUUAAAUUGACUGAAGACUAACUAGGUUUGAUCCACACUCUUGUAUGUUUACUACGUGCCAAGGAACGCAAGUGUUCAGCCAUGUUCAGCAAGCUCUCAUCAAUAUUUUGUUUGCAGACAGAAGUGGCCAUUGUAGAUAUGCCAAUGCUUACUGCACGAUUGCCCAAAGUAGCUGCACUUUGGCUCCAAACUUAAGAAGAUCUGUUUGGUCAUUUAGAUAAAUGAAAUAGAAAUGAGUUUUGUCACGGAUUCUGCCGUAUUAAACUGAACCAACAUAUUUCUGUGUAAGCUAUUGUUAUUUUACAAUGGCCACAGCUGUAGGGACUGAACUCUUGCACUCUGUUCAAAAACGAACUGUAAAUUUGUAAAAAAAUAAAUUAAAAAAGCCUACAACCAGAGCAUGUAUUUAUUGUAUACAAAGUCACCUAGAAUUGUGAUCUUUUUCCUGUAUGUACUGUGAAAUAUGAAGAACGAUCAACUGUAUUUAAAGUAGUUAUCAUUACUCUAAUGUGACAUAUGUUGAAUAUACUUAUAACAAUAUUUUGUACAUAAAAUAUUUAUGAAU